AUGUCCGCUCACUUGGGUGGUCUGCUUGAUUAUGAAACACCUAGCCGAGAUAAGUAUCAGGCGGGCCAACCGCGAGACUGCCAUCCGCUAACGAUUGUGUCCAAAGAGCAAGGCGCAUUUGGGCGUGCAACUAUUGCUUUAAUGGCUCACUGUUCAUACAAAUGGGACGCCACUAACGCUAACUGGGCUUUUAUCUCGCCUACAACUCCACUCGCGAUCCUCGCAUUCAUAUUUAGCCUUGUGGCUCGCUGUUUCUUUCAGGCUUCCUUCUCUCCUGUUUCUUAUUUUUCGACUUCUUCCAUGCUUGUUUUCGAUAGCCGCGUCUGUGUGACAUUCUCUAAGUAUAAUCCCCAACGCCUCGUCCAUUGCAGACAAAGGCUUGUGCAAAAAGCAACGCCAGCCUCACACCUCGCCUCGAGAGCGUCGCUCUUGUCAGCCUACAGCACCAUGGCAGAGCCUUCCCUAAAACGACCCAAGAAACUCAUCGCGUGUUGUGAUGGGACAUGGAUGAACUCAGACAAGGGCUUCGUCAAAGGUUCCCUCUUCUCUGGGCCAGGACAUCUCCAAACACCAUCCAAUGUUACCCGAAUAGGCCGCGCUAUUCUCCCCGAGGACCGUAACCACCACCCGCAAAUCGUGUAUUACCAGUCCGGAAUUGGCAGCGGCAACACCACUAUCGAGCGACUCGUAGCUUACUCAUUUCUCGCCAACAAUUACACCCACGGCGACUCGAUAUUCCUGCUCGGUUUUUCUAGAGGUGCAUUCACUGCCCGUAGUAUCGGAGGCUUAAUAGGCGGUGUCGGGCUGCUCACGAAGGACGGGCUCCCUUGGUUCUACCUCAUUUUUAAAGAUUGGGAAAACGCGGGCGUCCCCGAAUACAAGCCCUUAAUCCAGGACUUUAUUCCGAAUUUCUACAUCGCCUCACCGCCACACGACAUAGUUAACUACCUGAACAGCUACCGUGCCGAACUAAUCAAACGGAAUUUAACCCGUGAAGUCUCAAUCCAAGCCAUCGGCGUCUGGGACACGGUUGGUGCCCUUGGCAUCCCCACACCCAAGCUCUUCCAGAAAAUUGGACUCCCGGAUUUCCUGCACGAGUACAAAUUCCUCGACACCACUAUCGACAACCACGUCAAGUACGCGUUCCACGCUCUCGCGCUAGACGAGCAACGUGCCUCUUACAGCCCCACAAUCUGGGAACGUCCUCCCGGUUGCACAACCGUCCUUAAACAAGUCUGGUUCCCCGGCGUACAUUCCAAUGUCGGGGGUUCAUAUGACGACACCGGGAUCGCCGAUAUCACGUUAGCAUGGAUGAUGUCGAAUCUAGCUCCCUGGAUCGAUUUCAAUGAAAUUUAUAUCCGGGACCAAAGCAUGUUCAACCAAUUCAAUCUUGCAACAAAGAAGCAUGAGCGGAGAGGAUGGGCAUUGGGGAAGAUAUACGAUAGUUGCAAAUUUCCCACAAAUUUAUCGGGCAGGGAACCUCGGACGCCCGCUAUGUAUCACCAAAUCGAUUAUUUUACGAAUCAAGAGACAGAGCAGCCGUUGCGGGAUACAAAUGAGACAGUACACGCAUCUGUCCAUGCACGGAUUCUAAUGAAUGGGACGUCGUAUGAAGAUGAAGGUCCCUAUUUGCCAGAGGCGCUACAGGACUGGGAUCUGGAUAAUGGGCAGCGGCAUAGCAAUCCUGAUGGAAGUGAGCGACGGCAAACAAAACAAGUGAAAUGGGUAUACACAGGAAGUGAUCCGAGAUUUCAGGGAAAGAUUAUGCUUGAGGACCGGCUGGGCGAUUUCGAACUCGAUCUGCUACAGAUGGAUCCUGUUGCCUCGUCAGAGAGCGCACUAGAGGAUGCACCGGGCUUUGAAGUGAAAAACACCUCCGAUACCAAAAUAGUUGCCGGAGUCGCUGGGGCAACGUUUUCAUUCUGA